AUGCCGCCGAAGAAAGCAGCAGCCAAGAAAGGUGGGGAGAAAGAAGAGGCACCUAAGAAAGAAGCAAAAGGAGGUACUGCUGUCAAAGUACGCCAUAUCCUUUGUGAAAAACAGAGCAAAGCUUUGGAAGCGAUUGAAAAGCUGAAAUCCGGCAUGAAAUUUCAUGAGGUUGCU